GAUUCAAGUUAUAUUAAAGGAGAUGGAUAUCCGUAUGCUGCCCAGCCUUUUGAAGAAGUGAGCUUUAUGGAAAGGGACAAGCAAUCUACCCAGGUCAGUACAGCGAACCAGAUUUUCAGGCAGCCUAAACUUACUUAGCUCGCGUCACUUUGCUUUUAACCCUUUUUUUUUACUUUCCCACGAAGCCCUUUUCUUUCAUGAAAACCACUGGACUGGACAACUUACUAUCUACACAACGACCUUGAAAUCUGCCUGGAAAACUACCUAUUCAACAUGAAGUCACCAUCUCGCCCUGUGAGGAAGGCGACGAAGAAAGUUACAAUGACAAAGUCAAAGUUAUCGACCAAGAAAAAGAAUACCAAUGCCAAGAAGAGUUUUCCUCAGCCAGAGGCGGCCAAGGCUAUUGUAACGAAUCCGGUUGAUCGACUUUAUAAGACUGUGACUUUGGAAAGUGAUGAUAUCGAAGAUGGAAUUUGGAUGAUACGCAGACUUGGCAAUGGUAAAUAUGAAGCUGUUAAUCUCAAUGAUGCUGCGUUCGAAGACAUCUGCUCGGAGGAAAAUGAGGCAAGAAUGGCUUCCACUCCGAAAAGCCUCGAGGUUUUCAAAGCAAGCCAAAAGUCUAUGAAAGAUAUUUCAUUGAAGCUGGAUAGAGCUAUCUUUACCGCAAGUGGAAAGGUCUUCCGAUUCAAUAAGCUCCCUAUCGAGUUGCGAUACAAAAUUUACGAGUAUGCACUGAUUUCAGAAACUGGUUUACACCCCGACUACUCCUCCUGCAACAGUUUCAAAUUACCAGGUCUUGCCCUUGGCCUUCUUGCCUCUUGCCGCUUCAUAAAUGCAGAGUGCAUGCAGUUCUUGUGGAAGAAUUCUUUCAACCUCAAUUCUUGCAGCAUAAAGCGCCUUAGAGAGGUUAAGGAGACUUUAAUCCAGAAUGCCCGUAAUUUCAGAUACGAAUGGUCUGGUAGUGGUUCCGGGCAUUCUAAGGAUAUGCUCAUUCUCGGAAUGCUCGCCUCUUGCGCAAACAUCGAUACUCUGGAUCUUGUAUUGUGGGGAUCUUGUGUAGAUGGUCGCCGCGCAUGGUACAAUCGCAAACCACAAUAUCUGUAUCAGAACGACCCCACCGUUCCUGCUGCCGUUCAAAAAUUCAAUAAAAGCAAUGGCUUCGAUAAACUCCUUAGUCUACAUGGCCUUAAGAAGGUCAUUGUUACGAAGCACUGGACUUUCAAUGAUAAUAUUGGCUACAAUAGUUUGACCGACGUAGAAAUGAAAGCUUUCGAGAAAUUUUUAAAUGAUAAGCUUGCAACGCCAGUAGCACCGCCUGUGGUCAUUGCUCACCUACCUUCCACUCCAACAAGAAAGUCGACCAGAAUCCAGAAGAAUGCGAAACCACUCAGAUAUGUCCCGGAUCCAGUCAGCGAAGAUGAGGAAGGCUUUUGGGAUGAGGAUGAAGAAGAUGAUGAAGAUGAUGAAGAUGAUGAAUAGGAAUGAGAUCCACGAAAUAUGAAUCAUUUCCGGACGUUGCGGUUCUCAGCUGGGUCUGUUAAUGCUCGAUGUUUGGGGGCUGUGUUGUCUAAUAUCGGGUUAUGAGACUUUGAUGCGCUGAUAUUGCAAGGGACUUACGCUUCAUAUUAUCUAAUAUGAAACUAUGGAGAUUCAUUCUUGAAGAGUUCUAACAUUGGAGAGAAAGGAUCGUGUAGUAGCCGUGCGAGAACGUAGAUAUUCGCCUAAUAAGGGAGGGUGGUUUUCAAGGGAGGACAUCAGCUUUCUUUCAUACUCAAUAAUGGAGGCGAACAAUAGUUUGCUAAAUAGCAACAAUAGUAUACUUGAUGUUAAUAGUUAUAGUUUAUAAUUCUCAAAACACUUUUGAGUGGACAAUCAAUUUGACGUCUUGAGUGCCUCAUGAAACAUGUACCUGUAGUGUCGUAUAACUAUCUUCAAUAUACAAAUCUCA